GUUAAGAACGUGCAUUAAGUACUUACGUGUGAAAGGGCUUGCAAUUUUUAUUAAGUGAUCUAUAAAGGAUGAAGUACCUUAUUGCAUUUUGUGUUAUUGCUCUCGCGGUUGUUUCAAACGCGCGGCCGGACACCUACACAAACAAAUAUGAUGGUAUUGAUUUAAAAGAGAUCCUGAAUAACCGGCGGUUACUGGUACCGUAUGUGAAAUGUGCUUUGGAACAGGGAAAAUGCUCACCCGAAGGAAAAGAAUUGCGGUCUCAUAUUAAGGAAGCUCUUGAGAACUACUGCGGUAAAUGUACUGAUGCACAGAAAAACGGUACUCGGUUGGUGAUCACACAUCUCAUAAACCACGAAUCGGACUUCUGGAACCAACUCGUGCACAAAUAUGACCCAAGCAAGAAGUAUGUUACGAAAUAUGAGAGUGAACUGAAGUCGAUUAAGGCUUAAGGGUUAAAUAGCCUUAAUCGUAUCACAGUCAUAAAUUUAUUUAUUAUUUAUGUUUUAUAACAUAGAAUCUGUGAUAAAUUUCAAAUAAAGAUACUGUUGAAUUCGU